ACCCUAUAUGACUCCGACAAGCUCCCAUCCAUGUCCGAAUCGGAAUUUAAUCAUGUGUAGUCAAAAUAAGCUGAAUCAAUUAUAGAAAAUAAGCAGAAUCAGUAAGCUGGACAGAAAUUGGAAAUAGAAAUUGAAGCUGACAGUAAGGUAACAAAUGAAUCGUGAAAUUGAAGAAAUAAUUUCAAUUAUAAGUAAAUUCCACCCAAUGCCAUCUACCAAAAUCCGAUAUCUUUGAAGGUACUCCAUUACUGAGUCGAAGGGUUUCCGGAAGGAGGAAAAAAUGAAGCUUCUGUCCGCGUUGCAGCAGCAGGGCCGCCGGAGCAACAACUUUCGAAGUGCGUCGUCGCAGCUGGACUCCGCCGUGGACGGUGGAGUAAAGUCUCAGGCGACGAUUUUUUGGCUACUGUUACAUGGACUUUGCUGUCUUGUUAGUCUAGUACUUGGUUUCCGAUUCUCCCGUUUGGUAUUUCUCCUCAUUUUUUCUACUUCCUCCCCCUCCACCACCUCUACCGCCAACCUAUAUUCUGCUUUCCACACUUCAUUUCCAUCUACUACCACCACACCGUCGACGGAGGCGGUGAAUGGUAUUAUAGCGGAGGGGAGUAGAGUUGUGGUAGGGAGGCACGGGAUACUGAUCCGGCCUUGGCCGCAUCCAGAUCCGGAGGAGGUGUUAAAGGCUCACCGGAUAAUCGAGAGGGUUCAGAGAGAACAAAGGAUACAGUAUGGAGUGAAGAGCCCUAGGACUGUGAUUGCCAUCACGCCGACGUACGUUCGGACGUUCCAGACGCUUCAUCUAACUGGGGUCAUGCAUUCUCUGAUGAACGUGCCCUAUGAUCUCAUCUGGAUUGUUGUGGAAGCCGGUGGCGCCACCAAUGAAACGGCCACGCUAAUUUCAAAAUCAGGCCUUAAAAUAUUCCAUAUUGGAUUUAAUGCUAAUAUGCCCAUUUUAUGGGAGGAUCGGCAUAAAUUAGAAGUGAAAAUGAGACUACAGGCCUUAAGAGUUGUGAAAGAGAAUAGGUUGGAUGGGAUAGUAAUGUUUGUGGAUGACAGUAAUAUGCAUAGUAUGGAGUUAUUUGAUGAGAUCCAGAAUGUGAAGUGGGUAGGCGCAGUUUCGGUUGGGAUUCUUGCACAUUCGGGAGGGUCUGAAGAAGAUCUGUCUGUGGCUCAGACAGAGAAGAAUGAGAAGAAUCCACAUGUUUGUGAUGGGGCAGAGUUGUGA